AGGCUCCGAUUAUAAGACACAGACACUUUUUUAUUGUCAGUGAAAAGACUCCCUCCGUGUUCCUCACCACAGGGGCAGGGCGGCUGUUAACCCUUUGCAGAGUGGAGGAGGAGAAGGGGCACCCAUGCCCAGCUGCUUUCCUUUGUCUGAGGCUGCUGUGGAUAAAAGCAUUGUCUGUAGCUGGGCUCCCAGGGGACACGCAGCGCGCUCCGCUCCUGUUGCUCAGCCUCGCUCCACCUCCCAGCCCGGGCUUCUGGAAUAUGAGGCACCAUGGGCUGGUGUGAUCGUGGGGUCCAGAUGCUGCUGACCACCGUAGGGGCUUUCGCAGCCUUCAGCCUGAUGACCAUAGCCAUUGGCACCGACUACUGGCUCUACACCCGGGCUCACAUCUGCAACGGGACCAACUUCACCAUGGACGACCCCCAGAGCCAACCCAAGAAGACCAAGGGGGACCUCACCCACUCGGGGCUCUGGAGGAUCUGCUGUAUUGAGGGUCUGUACAAAGGAAACUGCUUCCGAAUUAAUCACUUUCCUGAAGACAAUGACUACGACCACGACAGCUCCGAGUACCUCCUACGCAUCGUCCGCGCCUCCAGCGUCUUCCCCAUACUCAGCACCAUCCUCCUGUUACUGGGCGGCCUGUGUGUUGGCGCCGGGAGGAUUUAUAAGCGGAGGAAUAACAUCAUACUCAGCGCUGGGAUACUCUUCGUAGCUGCCGGGCUCAGCAACAUCAUCGGCAUCAUCGUGUACAUAUCCAGCAAUGCGGGGGAUCCCAGCGACAAGAAAGAUGAAGAUAAGAAGAACCAUUACAACUACGGCUGGUCGUUUUAUUUCGGCGCCUUGUCCUUCAUCGUGGCCGAGACUAUAGGAGUGUUGGCUGUAAAUAUUUACAUUGAAAGGAACAAAGAGAUCAGGUUUAAGUUGAAAAGGGAAUUCCUCAAAAGCUUAUCCUCCCCGUACGCCAGGAUGCCAAGCUACAGGUACCGCAGGAGGAGGUCGAGGUCCAGCUCCCGCUCCACCGAAGCUUCUCCUUCUCGGGAAGUGUCCCCGGUUGGAAUUAAAUAUGCCACGACCAUUCCGAUGGGCGAGAUCUCCAUGUACACACUUUCUAGGGAACCUUUGAAAAUCACCACAGCGGCCAGUUUCAACCCGGACCAAGACGGCAAUUUCAUGCAAGUGCACAACUGCUUCCAGAAAGAACUGAAGGGAGGGUUCAACAUCAACGUAGUUAAUCGAAGGACCACCCCGGUUUGAUUAUGGAUUGCUGAUCCCGAGAGGAUUUUAUAUAGAAAAAAGGAAAGCCACAAAAGUGGACAUUCAUGGAAAAGACGACCACAAUGGUGCCACCAAAACCCCGAAGCAGUGUUACAUGAAAGUGCUGCCUAAGGAAAAAGAGUACAG